AUGGGUGGCACCAAAACCAAAGCCACUAUAGGCGUUCUGUCCACAAUCAUCUCCUAUAUGUGCAUCAACAGCAUCUGGAAAGCCACCCAUCCAGAAGCGUUCAUAUGGCAAGAUGAGGACAAAGAGGAGUCGAAAUGGAUGGCUACUUCCAAGUCAUGGCUGGAUCGAAAGGCCUGUCGGUGGCUUGGUGUUUGUGGCGGGACACAUAUACAUUACGCUUCCGACACGACAAGGUUUGGACGCCGCCCUGUGAUUAAAUACAACUCCAAGAAGAUGGUGGACUACACACCGGAUUGGGAUUGGCAGCAUGCUUGGACUGAAGGAAAUGAUAGGCCCGAAGAUUGGACAGAUGAUGAGCGCGUUCUUCGCGAGAUUCCAGACUAUGUCAUGGAAUAUGCCCCGCUAGUUCAUCUCUACUCGGGCGAACAAUUCUGGCCAUGUGAUAUUGCAGAACAUCUCUAUCACAUCAUUCCUACUCUCAACUACACAGCGGUGCAGUCAGACCAGCAGCAUCCAACACUGAACGACUUGGACGGAUUGAACCAGUGGCAGGAUGGCGAAUGGGUUUUUCUGACAAGUAAAGAUAAUGUUGAAGAACGGCCGGAAUGGCUGGAGGGUCAAAAAAACAUCCCGAACAGGCCUUCCAACCCCGAGGACCCUCUUGAUGACAAUGACGGCUGGGUACACCGCCCUGGCCGGACCUAUCUUCAAGGUCUGAAAGAUGCAAUGACUGAUCUCAAAGACUGGUUCGCGCCAAACCUCGAUAAUCCGGAGAUGUUGGCCGAUUUUCGAGAAUCGCUCACCGGCCAAUCAGAUGCCAAGAAGGCAGCACGCCAAAGACAUAUGGAACUCAAACGCUCGGUACUCGAGAGUCUAGCGCCCGGGACAAUCCGUGGCGGCCGAAGUGAUGCUCCUGCUGUUCUAGUCACCAUCAAUAAGGGGCAUGGUAUCGUCGACGCCUUCUGGUUCUUCUUUUACAGCUUCAACCUUGGUAAUGUGGUACUGAAUGUGAGAUUUGGUAACCAUGUGGGCGACUGGGAACACACAGUGGUGCGAUUCCAGCACGGAAAGCCGAGGGCUGUGUUCUUCAGUGAACAUAACUUUGGAUCCGCGUACAGUUACGAAGCUGUAGAGAAGCUCGGGAAACGGCCCGUCAUUUAUUCAGCCUACGGGACCCAUGCAAUGUAUGCCACUCCGGGAACACACCCAUAUGUCCUACCCUGGGGGAUUCUGCACGAUUUGACUGACCGUGGUCCUCUUUGGGACCCAUCGCUCAAUUCCCAUGCCUAUACCUAUGAUUACAAGACCGAAAAUCUACGGUCUUCAAAUGUGACACCCAGUGCACCGACUGAAUGGUUCCACUUUGCCGGCCAUUGGGGAGACAAGUUUUAUCCACUGGGCGAUAAGAGACAGUAUCGCUUUGCGGGACAGUACCAUUAUGUCAAUGGACCCCUCGGUCCCAAGUUCAAGCACCUUUCAAGAAAGAAGAUAUGUCAGGGCCCCGAAUCGGCGCCUUGCGUGAUCAAAAACUGGUUGGGCUCAGGCGACAGGAUUGGAAGAAUGAACCCUGGAAACGAAAACGGAGAAGACGAUCUGUAA